ACUUGUGGGGUGAAUAGGGCAAAACCAAUUUUCAAAAAAAAAAAGUUAUUUUUGUGUUUGACUUUAAGUUGUAGGGCAAUUAUGACUUUAAGUUCUCAUUUAAUGCUCCAUACUCUUCUUCACUUCUCCAUAAUACAUAGAAACAUGAGGAGAGAAAAUAAGAAAAAGUAAUGACGAAACGUUUCAAAUUAAAGAUAACAAGAAUCCUCUCCUUCAAGUCUUGCCGUUCAAAAGAUCCUUCCGAUCUCCCUUUCGAUCCCGUCCGUUCAUUUCCCCGCCCAUCUCCUCCACCGGCUAACCCCAUAACCACCGUCACCACCGUGCCACAGCGUCGUCGUUCUUCUUUAAGACAACACGUGUUUACCACUUUUGGCUGCGGCUCAAGUCGGAGACGCUCUUCUGCACUGUUGGAUGUUUCCCGGAGGAAUUCGCCGUCGUUGUCGCCGCCGCAGACGCCGACGUUUCAGUGGGAAAGCGAGGGGAAAUGGCACGUGAUUGCUCAAGUAGACGAGGGAGAAUACGAAACGCCUCGUCGGAAAAUAUACGACGGUGAUGAUCGCCGUCGUUCAGUGAAGAAAGAGAGAUACGCACGGCGGCGAGGGAGCAUUUACUCCACCGAGGAAUACGAAGAGGAGACGGGGAGAGAGAGUCUCUUACCAUCUUCCACAAACCUCUCACCGGAAAGUUCCUCUUCGGGUUUGCCACGUGUCACCAGACGACGGAGAAACCAUCCGAGGAAGAAAAACACGUCGUUGGCUGUUGAGGAGAAAAGCGAGUCGCCUUCUCCUCCACCGUCUCCGGCAAGACUGUCGUCCUUCGUGCAGAGAUUAAUCCCGUGUACGGCGGCGGCGCCGGUUGUGAUGGAAGGAGUGGCAGUGGUGAAGAGAUCGGAGGAUCCGUACGAAGACUUCAAGGGAUCAAUGAUGGAGAUGAUAGUAGAGAAGAACAUGUUUGAAGUUGCUGAGCUUGAGCAGCUUCUAAGCUGCUUCUUGACGCUAAACGCGAAACGCCACCACCGCGCGAUUGUCAAAGCGUUUUCUGAGGUUUGGGUUGCUUUGUUCUCCGGUGGCAAUAACAGCAGCCGAAGGUCCAGUGUUCGACUCUCGGAUUAUGAUGAAUGUUAGAAAAAAAAACAUAAUGUUUAUGUAAUUUCUUAACUAAAUUAUCUUUCUAAUUUUUAAUUAAGUGGUCGAUGUAAGGGGUAGAUUAUGCGGCUGUGCAAUGAUUUAAAACUGUAAUCAUUAUGUGCCUUCUCCAAAAUUGUUUUGUCAGCAACAACAUACUACACUAAAAUGUACUUUGGACUCUAAAACGGUCUAGUUAAGCAAACCAGUACAUCUCACACAUGCACCAUUGUUGACUUGUUGUCGAUGGUAAGUCAGAAGCAUUCCAUGUCAAAUUGUCCCGCCUUUGAGUUAUUUAUUCUUGGUACAAAUGUGAUUGUGAAGAAACCGAAAAACGUCUUACAUCUUUAGAAUUCUUUGUAUGUAUCGAGAAUGUUGGUUAUUUUGUCAAUAAAUAGUUUUAGAAAAAAUAUUUUUAAAUAAUAAAAAAAUUGUAAAAUAUAUUUUAAUGGUUUGAUUAAGUUAAAACUGCAUAAAUAUUUAGUUUUUACCAAUUCAAAUAUGAUACAUAUUUCUAUAGUUAUGAAACUGAAAUAUUUAUUUAUACGGUAUAUACUUAAUAUAAAUGAUAUUAAAAUAAUUAUAAAUUUUAAUUUGGAUAUCUGUUAAAUGAGAUUUCCUUUUUUCGUCACGAAAAAAUGAGAUUUCCAACUCAUGUAAUUU